UGUUGGUAGCUUUUUUAGAAAACUUAGUAAGAAGUUUUAUAAAUAACGAUGUUUUCGUAUUAAAAUAAUACUUUCCCGUCAGCCAUUAUAGUUGUUUACUUUCUGCAAUUGCAGCAGCGUGAUUGGCUUUAAUAAUAUUUAUUAGUUUCCGAUUGGCUUAUAGUUGUUGUUGCUUUAAAAGACUUUAACAAUAUUUAUAAACACAUUUUAGCAAUAACAGCGAUUUUAUUUAAUUAAUUAAGUAAAAUACUUAUAUUGACUUGAAUUUAAAAGCCGAUUAAAAAAUAUAGGAACUAUUUCUCAAUAAUAGAAAAGAAAUGCCAUACUUUGCUAAAGAUCAUAACGAGUUUUUAAAAUGCUUUUGCAUAUGCUGUAUGAAAAAAAGUAAUGAUUUAAGAUGCAUUCAAACCAAAUGCAAUAAACCAGGUCCAAAACAAGCAAAAAAUUAUGAAAAUCUUAUCAAGAGAUUUUUUUGGGAAAACUACUCUGUUGAAAACCCGGAUCUGCCUAAAAUGUUAUGUUCUAAUUGCAGAAAAAAUCUAGUGAGUUUAGAAAAAACAGAUUCAAAAAGAUUUUUAUUCAAGGCUCGACCUAAGUACGAAGGUCUUAAUACUAGAGUUAUUCGAGGUGGGAAAUGUGAGUGUUUUAUUUGUGUUAAUGGGCGUAAAAAUGGUACUGAAACAGCAACUCUUCCACCAAUGGUAUCUUGUGAAACUAAUGCAGAUAUUGAUCAAAGUCACAGUAAUUUGAAUCUUUCGACUACCAAUGAAAAUCUUGUUCUUUGCAGAAGUUGUUUUCAACAAAUAGGAAAAGGUAUUAAACAUCCUUGCACAAAGUUAGCUAAGCAAAGGAAUUUGAUGCAUAUUGUACAAUCAACCUCACCUGUUACUAAAGAAAAGGUUUUAUCCACCACAAUCAACAAUUUAGUAACCCAUGAUGCAAAAAUAACAUUGAACACCUUUGGCCCUAAGAAGCUUGUUGUUUCUAUUGGAGUAGUUGAACCGAAAACACCGUACUUUUCACAUUCAAAACCAGGCUUACAUAUUUUGCUAGGCAUAGUAGACAAGUUACUCAAAAUAAUUGAAAAAAACUUGUUUGAGGACACUAAUCAAGGAUUUAAUUUUGUAAAUAGUUAUCUAUCUACAAUUAAUCUUGCCAGAGUACCUUAUCAAGGUAAACACAGGUUAGAAGGAAAUGCAUCCAACAAGUUUUUAAAAAAACUUGAUUGCUUUCAAAUAUAUCUGGAUGAGCACAAUAUUAUUGGUGGCAAAUAUAUGAAAGCUUUGAGAGACUUUAGCGAUGUUGUUCACGGGUGUUUUGGGAAAAUAUUAAAUCCAAACUACUCUGAUUAUAUUAAAAGAUUUUCACAAAGUUUCAGAGAUCUUGGUUCAAACAUUCCUCUUAAAGUUCAUAUAGUGGAGCAUCAUGUUGAAGAGUUUAUUGUUAUGAAAGGAGGAAAGUUUGGUUUAGGGUAUUGGACUGAGCAAGCAUUGGAAUCAGUCCAUCAAGACUUCAAACAAUUUUGGGAAAUACGAAAGAAUUCUUUCAUUACAAAUCCAAAGAUGAUUCUAUAUGGGCAUUGUAUUCCUGUAGACCUACAUUAUCCUCUUCAAUAAAAAAGAAAGCUAACUUUUAAGAAGUGAUAAAUUAGUCAAUGUUCUGACUAGAAUGCCCAAAUUAUUAUCAGAAUUUAUAUCAAAAUACGAUCCUCAAAUUGUCAAUCCACUAGAUCAAACAACCAA